AUCGAAAGAAACAGACCGAAAAUCUUUUUCGACUUUUCGUUAUAGAAAAGUUUAAAGUUAGAUAAAUGUUAUUUAAAUGUAAAUUUAUCUGUGAGACGGAUCUCAUGGAAAUAUGAUCUUUUGAAAAUCGCGAACUUUUAAUUCUGAAGUCAUCGUAUAAUCUUCUUUGUGUAAGCAACACUCUCAAUGAACAGACUCUACUAAUCGAACAAUAUGACGACCCUUGAUUUCUUUAUAAAUGCUCUGGAGGACGAUGAACCACCCUCCAGAAAAGCCAUCGAACAAGAAACGAACGAGUUGUACAAUUCCAUCAGAUUCAACGGAUUGCCUAUUGAACAAUUAUCAAUCAUCCUGAAAGCUUUUAUAAGACUCGAAUUAGACAGUUACAGUAUCAAGUGCAUUGUACGAUGUCUCAUUCCGAACGCCGCUCUUCCCAGAAAUCUCGUUAGGAAAACAAUCACUUGGAUAUUUUGCAAAUAUGAUUCCGAAGAUUAUGAAAAAAUCGAAAGCUUAUUCAUUUGGAUGGCCAAUUUACUGGAUUUCCAUUUAAUUCACGAAUGUAUUGAUGAAUCGUAUUUCUUGUUCGAUGAAUUACUUACCCUUUUCCCGAAACCCAUCUCACAUUUACUAUAUUUGUUAACAAAACGCGAGGAUAUCAAUGUCAAACGUGUGGAAAAAGUUCGAAAUCUGUUAUUGGUUCAUGAAAAAGAACCUUUUCUAUGUGCCCUUCUACAACGUUACAAAGAUCUCAAUCCGCAAUUCUCUCAUAUCAAAGUACCCUCGUACAGGAAAAUCGAGAACGUAUUUUCGUACCAUGACGAUCAUUUCGAUCAACUGAGAGCCGCGUUGAAAAAUGUGCAGAAAAAUUUAAACGACGAAACAGACAGGGAAGAAAUUGGUGCUACUAUAAUUGUGCCUUUCAAGAAACAAAAAUUACAAGAGAAUAAUGUAUUUCCUGAAGCUAAUUAUUUGCCAAAUGAUGUGAAACCCCAAGGACAGUGUUAUCUCCAUAAUAUUACCAAGAGUUCUCAACUGGGUGCCAAUUUUCACAAUCUGAUCUUACCUUCUCAUACUUUGACGCUGAUUAAAAACGACGUCGGUAUUUACGUUCUCAUGUUCAGCCCCAAAUCACUGCAGAAUAAUUUCUUGUGUAAUUUAAACGCAGUUUUAGAAAAAAAUUUCAUCACAGAGCCAGAAAAAGCAACGAAAGCAUCAAAAGAACAAUUGCUUAGCUCGGUCAUCACGUUGCAAUUGCAUUUCCAGCAAGGAUUCUUAGCGGUAUCCAAGUUCCUACGUAGUUUCUUACGAACCUGGGAUGGGAUAUCUUUUAAAAAUCAGAUUUUAGCGCUUCUCGAAUGGUUCGUCUUUCAGUCUGUCGACGAAUUACGAGAUUAUCUUUUGAAACCGCUGUAUACCUUGUUCAUCAUCGGAGACGGCGAUGCGAACAAUUUGUGCGAUAUACUUACCUGUUUGACUAAUCUGGUCAACAAUUUGUUUUAUAUGAUACGGAAAGAAUCUCUGGGCUAUAAAAACUUAUACGAGGAGAACAUCAUGCAUACCAGACAACAGCUGACUCCUAUUUUGUGCAGUGUGUCUAAAUUUUUCGCUCACCUUUGCAGACAUGGCCUUUAUCAGUAUCCUUGUCAUAGUGGUAUACUCAAAGUAGCCAUUGACUUCUACGUUAAAAUUGAUACAUUGGAAGACGAAGAGGUUCCAAUCAGAACAAUUAUAUCGUCCAGUGUCUUAUACCAUAGUUUAUUUUCGUUCAAUGCUCAAUUACUCGAAGAAAUAUGCGCUCUGCUGCCCAGCUAUCGAGAUAAAGUGCUACCAGGUGAAAAUCAGUCUCCAAUAAUGAUUGGUAAAUUAAACCGAUUGAUGGGAUUUGCUUCCGAUAUUUAUGAAUUUUUAUGGACGUCUCAAGCGUUUAAGCAAAGAACAAAAGGUCGCAUAUUAUUCUCGUUACCAUCGGAACACAGUCAAGUGUGGAGAUCGUUCACCAAUCUCAAUAACGGGUUGGAUUUAAGAAAACACAUUAUGUUCGAGCCUCAAAGAGCUUUAGCAGUGCUGGAGAACGAUCUACCUAGUCGUCGAUUUGCUACGAAUGCCGAAGUUCUGGACAUUUUGAAAGAUCAUUUACCGAAUAUCGUGCAGUUUAUCGAGACCAUAUUGAAUAAUGCGGCUCAUUGCGACGACGAUGACGAAGACUGAUUGGGUAUGUCGUUGUGUUUCUAUCUUCAUUUUUUACUUUUUUUGUCGAAAUAAGAUGUAAAUUAUUUUUUUCUCGUUUUUUGUUAUUCUCCCUACUCCCUACCUCAUAAGAAUGUAGUUUUUGUGAUAUCUAAGAAAAUGUAUCAAUUUUUUUUAAAUUUCAUCACAUGAACGUAGAAUAAUAUAUCAGUUUUUUAUUCA